AUGGGCUCAUCUCGGGCACCCUGGAUGGGGCGUGUGGGCGGGCACGGGAUGAUGGCACUGCUGCUGGCUGGUCUCCUCCUGCCAGGGACCUUGGCUAAGAGCAUUGGCACCUUCUCAGACCCCUGUAAGGACCCCAUGCGUAUCACCUCCCCUAACGACCCCUGCCUCACUGGGAAGGGUGACUCCAGCGGCUUCAGUAGCUACAGUGGCUCCAGCAGUUCUGGCAGCUCCAUUUCCAGUGCCAGAAGCUCUGGUGGUGGCUCCAGUGGUAGCUCCAGCGGAUCCAGCAUUGCCCAGGGUGGUUCUGCAGGAUCUUUUAAGCCAGGAACGGGGUAUUCCCAGGUCAGCUACUCCUCCGGAUCUGGCUCUAGUCUACAAGGUGCAUCCGGUUCCUCCCAGCUGGGGAGCAGCAGCUCUCACUCAGGAAGCAGCGGCUCUCACUCGGGAAGCAGCAGCUCUCAUUCGAGCAGCAGCAGCAGCUUUCAGUUCAGCAGCAGCAGCUUCCAAGUAGGGAAUGGCUCUGCUCUGCCAACCAAUGACAACUCUUACCGCGGAAUACUAAACCCUUCCCAGCCUGGACAAAGCUCUUCCUCUUCCCAGACCUUUGGGGUAUCCAGCAGUGGCCAAAGCGUCAGCUCCAACCAGCGUCCCUGUAGUUCGGACAUCCCCGACUCUCCCUGCAGUGGAGGGCCCAUCGUCUCGCACUCCGGCCCCUACAUCCCCAGCUCCCACUCUGUGUCAGGGGGUCAGAGGCCUGUGGUGGUGGUGGUGGACCAGCAUGGUUCUGGUGCCCCUGGAGUGGUUCAAGGUCCCCCCUGUAGCAAUGGUGGCCUUCCAGGCAAGCCCUGUCCCCCAAUCACCUCUGUAGACAAAUCCUAUGGUGGCUACGAGGUGGUGGGUGGCUCCUCUGACAGUUAUCUGGUUCCAGGCAUGACCUACAGUAAGGGUAAAAUCUACCCUGUGGGCUACUUCACCAAAGAGAACCCUGUGAAAGGCUCUCCAGGGGUCCCUUCCUUUGCAGCUGGGCCCCCCAUCUCUGAGGGCAAAUACUUCUCCAGCAACCCCAUCAUCCCCAGCCAGUCGGCAGCUUCCUCGGCCAUUGCGUUCCAGCCAGUGGGGACUGGUGGGGUCCAGCUCUGUGGAGGCGGCUCCACGGGCUCCAAGGGACCCUGCUCUCCCUCCAGUUCUCGAGUCCCCAGCAGUUCUAGCAUUUCCAGCAGCUCCGGUUUACCCUACCAUCCCUGCGGCAGUGCUUCCCAGAGCCCCUGCUCCCCACCAGGCACCGGCUCCUUCAGCAGCAGCUCCAGUUCCCAAUCCAGUGGCAAAAUCAUCCUUCAGCCUUGUGGCAGCAAGUCCAGCUCUUCUGGUCACCCUUGCAUGUCUGUCUCCUCCUUGACACUGACUGGGGGCCCCGAUGGCUCUCCCCAUCCUGAUCCCUCCGCUGGUGCCAAGCCCUGUGGCUCCAGCAGUGCUGGAAAGAUCCCCUGCCGCUCCAUCCGGGAUAUCCUAGCCCAAGUGAAGCCUCUGGGGCCCCAGCUAGCUGACCCUGAAGUUUUCCUACCCCAAGGAGAGUUACUCGACAGUCCAUAA